AGAGGUGGCGGUGGUCAGACAAACGUGUACCUCGCGCUACCCGGAACCAUUAUGUAGACAGGAAACUACCAUUUUACCGCUAGCAGCGUCGGAGGAGCCGUCGUCUGCGGAGGGGGGGGACACCUAGACCUGAAACGGGGCGGAAAGCAGCCAGCCGAAGAGAGAGGCCGGGGUGGAAAAACACGAAAGAACCACAGGAAAGGCUACGUGUGGGUGAAGUACAACGGAACGGUCGAGCUUUCGGGACUUUGGAGUCAGACAAUGGACAUAUGGGAACAGGCCAGCGGAAAGGGGUUUUGUUAGCGAGAGUAGAGCAGCCCUCCCGGGCCGAUGGAGCUCCGGGCCUUCCACUGUGGCUUUAUAUGGAUGGAGAAAAAGGCCCCGCCAGCAGGCAGUAGGGACCCCGCUUUCCGAGCUCGUUCCCACCCUCGUGUUACCACGCUGCUGCCGUGGCGGUUCUGAGCUGGCUUUUGCGCUCGUGUUCUUCAAGAUUGUCGAGCUGAGAUCUACCCGGUGGCGUGUUUUCUCCCGCACCUGCAGCUCAGCAGGAGCUUCAGACCUGUGGACCAUCCGGUUCUCCUGUGAACUCCACAUCAGGACAGAAGUCUGACAGAAUGAGCUGUCCGCUGAAAUAACACACUUCACCUUCAGGAACUUCUUGGCCUGGAUUUCAAAUCAGCUUAUGGAUGUGAAACCCUUUAAAGAAACACUACAGACUUAAAACAAAUAUAUGAUUUAGUAUGUUUCUUAUUUAUGACCCUUUUGAUAUUAUCAUACUCUAAGCACUUGAAGGCUUUAUUCAUGAAUGAAAAGUAUAGGAAUUAGUUAUGUACAUGUAGGUGAGGAGGAAAACCGCGCGUUGACUUGCCUAAGGAACUGAAGCACGACUGUCUCAGAAAGCUAGAUCUGUUGAGGUCAACGAGGGCUUUCCUCUGUUCUGUGGUUUGGUGUACUAGGUAGUUCUUUCCGCUGAACACUUGGCCACAGCUGUAUUGGGAGAUGUUCCAGUUCAGCAAGUACCCCAUGGACAUUUUGGAGAUGCUCAGUGGUCACCAAGCCCACCAGUUUAAAGGUCUUGGAUUAGAGCGACAACUGAGCCACCAACAGCAGGUCCAACUGCAGCAUCAACAGCAGCUUCAGCAGCAGCACCAACCGUCUGCAGACACCUCUGGGACCCUUCUGUCUGGACUUGGACUUGGAACCCUCCAGACCUCUCGGAGCAACGCCUUUGCUGACUCAUCUUCAUUAUUUGCCAAAAUGAGUGCCCCUCCCCCAACGGUUUCCCAUCAGAGCCAAUCGUCGUCCUCUUCCCACAGCUCUAGGAAGUCUAGUAAGAUUAGCAGCAGCAGCGGGAGCUCCUCGUCAGGAUACCCUCAGUUUCUCCGACCUUUUCACCCGGCUGAGGCAGCUCUGGCUCAGGAGCAGCUUCAUUCUGGGAUGGGACGUUUUGACUUCAGCGGAAGCAGUAGUGGAGGGAGUGCUGGGGUAAUUGGGGUCACACCUGCCCCCCCACCUCCAUUGCAUCCAGGUCUAUCAGUCCCUCAACCUUCCACUGGCCCCUCUUCUUCAUCAUCUGCCUCUACUACCAUUUCAACUUCCAACAAUCCCUCCAGCAGCACUGCAGUACCCUUAGUUGGCCAGUCUGACCCCCGCAGCCUCCACCAGCAAUUCAGCUGCAUGCUUGCUGCCAACCAGUACUUCCUGUCUGGCGUUCCCACCAACAGCAGCCUGGAGCAGUUCCUCGUUCAGCAGGGCACCCAUAACCACUUGGGCUUAGGUCUUAGUCAAGGAGCCGCCGAGCCAAACUCUGCCCUGGCCCCUCCCCCUGCCCUGCACUCCUCCCACAGCCACACCACUUCACAGCCUCAACAGCAACAACAGCAGCUAACCCCUCAUGCCUUAUCUCACCCACACAGCCACACUCACCACCCACACCCCAUCCACCCAGCGCCUCAGCCUGCCCCACUGGGUGGUUUUGAUUUUCAAGGCAUUCCAGUGCUUUCCUCUAACCAGAUAGCGUCAUUAAUGCAGCAAGAGGCAGGCAUUCCCCUCCCCCUACCUCUUCACUUGUCGCUGUCUAAAGAUGAUUCAACAAAGUCAGGAGACACUACUUCAAGUGGUGGGGGCAGGAGAAAGAAGGCAAUGGCAGGCUACCUUCCUCAGAGGAAAACAGAUGGCAACGGCCAAAAUCCCAGUAGCUCAAGUGGGCACAGUCAGAGCUCUUCAGGCCUAGUGAGAGGAGGAUCUGGGGGUGUUGGGCUAAGUGACAUCAGGAGCGAAACACAGCACUCCUCUCUUCUCUCAUCCUCCUCACAGCAGCAGUCAUCCUCCAAUGUCUCCUCAUCUUCAUCUGCCCCCGCAUCCUCAAAUCCCACUUCUGUACUCGUAGCCAAUGGUAACCAACAGCUCUCCAAAUCCCAAGAAAGGCGCAGAAGCUCAUCUGGCCGACCCGAACCAGAACCCCUUUACCAUUGUGGCGAGUGUGGCAAAACAUUCACUCACCUCUCCAGCCUUCGAAGGCAUCUCCGCAGCCAUGGCUUAACACCGGAAAGCCAAAGCAGAAAGUCGGGUUGUAAUUCUCCCAGCCCAGAGAGAAUAUUUUGUUGUGGCGAGUGUGGAAAGAGAUUCAAAAAGAGAGGUCACCUCAUCCAGCAUAGUGUCACCCACUCAGAAAACCGUCCCUUCACUUGUAGCAUCUGCCAGAAGUCUUUCAACCGUCGAGAGUCUCUCACUAGACAUGAGAAGAUUCACGAUGAGAAGCCCUUCCGGUGCCCAGCUUGCGGGCGUUGUUUUCGCGAGAGCACUUCGCUUCUUAACCACGCCGCGUCAGGUGCUUGUGGCAAACCUCCCCGUAGUUCAAAGAGCCGGGGGACGACACAUGCAUCGUCCAACGCAAGCAGCGGUAAAAUGGGAAAUUCAAAUAACAGCGGCAUGGCGGCGGACAAAUAUGCAACAGAUUACUCGAGAAACCGGUACCAGAACCAAGCACCCUACAGCGGUGCCGUAGAUGACUACAGGCGAUCACAAACUUCAACUCUUUACUCCACAGAAAGCACACUAGGCAACGACAUGACCAGCCAAACCCUUCGCAAGGCUCCUUUAGCUCCAACUCUUCAUCCUCAUCCACAAAGUCAACAACAUCACCACCCACAACAGCAACCCCACCUCCCUCUGUCUUCCUUAUUAGAUGAUUCAGAAGACGAGGUUACUAGCAGUGCUAUGUCCGCUAUAGCUGCUGCUGCUGCAGCCUCUUGUGAUUUAAACGCAGAAGGUCGGGAUGGAGAAAGAAGGGACAUCAUUGGAGGUCUGCUGGGGGGGUUGGGGUUUGGUAACUUGAGUGGACCAACAUCAGCAGCUACUCUAAAUGGUUCUACCAUGCCUUUAACCCACCCCAGCCUUCCCCAAGCAAAGCCAAGGAGGCCACGAAAACCCAGGGAAAAAAGGGACCCAAACACCAUCGUGAGGAGGAGGAGGAGCCCGGCGCCUCCCGGAGAUGGCUCAGAGAGGCCAUACGGGUGUCAGAUAUGUGGCAAACGCUUCAGGAGGGCUGAGACUUUGCGACGCCACAAUCGAGUUCAUACAGGGGAGAAACCUCAUGCCUGUGACAUUUGUGGAAAGCUGUUCCGUGAGCCCUUCCACCUCACUAAGCAUCUGACUGUGCACUCGGGACAGAAAAACUACAAAUGUAAUCUUUGUGGGAAGAUGUUUGCCUAUGCUCAGAGUCUUGUCAGACACGGGAAGCUACACAGAAAAGGUGAAAUUGACAACCAGGGGAGGAGAAUCAAAGGUGCUGCAGCUGCUGCCAUCAGUCAAGUCACCAACUCGGGAAGCUCCGACUACUUCUCAUCAUGCUCCCAAGGAGAGAAGUCGCCAACAUCUGGUACCCCUUCCCAGAGGCUUUACACUUGCACGGUUUGCUGGAAAUCGUUUCGACACUAUUUCCACCUUACUGCUCAUCAACAGACUGUCCAUGGUGGUGGAGUGGGACUGGAAAAGUCCUACCGUUGUGACGUAUGUGGCAAAGCCUUUGCCUACUCAAACAGCUUAGUACGGCACAAGUUGUCUCAGCAUGGCAUUGACCGAAGCGGCCACCGGGUCAACCAGUCUCAGUCCUCCGGAUACUCGCCACUCUUUUUUGAUUCUGGCUCUGGUUCCAGCUAUACUGGAUCAUCCCAUGUGCAGCAGGGGGUCUCUGAGCAGCAGCAGCAGCACCCUUUUCACUACCGUUCAAAAAACUUCCAAAAACGGCAUGGACAGCCACGAAAGCACAGAAAGAAAAAACGACGGAUAGUGAUCCACAGCAUCAUGAGAGACGGGAAGCUGGUGGGUGUCCCUCUGAGUAAAGACACUCGCAAGAAACUUUUGAUUCUGAGGAGAAGAAGGGGCAAACUGCAGGCUAGACUCACCAGGAAAAAACUCCUGGCCCAGCUGAGAGUGAAGGGAUGUAUAAUGAAAGCAAAAUCGUGGACUGGGGGAGCCGUCAAGGUCACGGGGCUCUCUUCUAUGGAAAUUCCUCUUAAGCGCUUCCCUUGCCCCAUCUGUCCCAGUACCACAUAUGCCAAACAGGGCUCUCUUCUGGUGCAUCACGCCAUCAGGCACCCACCAAGAAACUCAGGCCGCCAUGCUCGUCUGCGGUGCCAGGUGUGUGGAAGACGUACCACCUCAUUACACAAAGCCUUGAAACACAGGGGCCGGCAUCUCAAACAAGCUUCAUUCCAGUGCCAGAAAUGCCGACACCGUUUCUGGAACCCCCUCCUUCUGGCUCGUCACAGGUUCUCCUGCAGAGCAUUGUCUGCUGGCAUUAUCGGUGAGAACUGGGAACUGAUGAAAAUAAAACCACAGUCCGUUGACCAAUCAUGUAUCAAACCAUCACCAGCCCAGCAAAUAGUUCCAUCUCUGGCCCAGCCUGAAAGAUCAACAGUUCUGACGGAGUACAGUCAGUGAACACAUUAUUUUAGACUAGAUUGUUUUAAUGUUUAUUUUUAUCAAAUAACCCAAGAUGCAAGCAAGAGCUAGCGUGUUUUUAACUAAAAAGAAAAAAAUCUGAAGGAACGGGGAGUGUUUAGUUUAACUACAAAGAUAUCCCCAUACCCCCAUUAGGAUAAACCUCCAUCUAGUCCUAAGUGGUUGUCAACAUGUCAUGGACUUCUAAAGGCCGAAAUACUCUCUCCCUAAGUCACAGGAACUCAACAUUUCAUCUGUUUUGAAAAAAAGAACUUGCAUUAACAUUUAUUUUUAUAUGGUUUUUAAAUAUCCAGUUUGCUGUGUUUUGUACAUCACAAUGCAUUGGAUGAUUAUCAUAGAGGUUAUUAUUUCACAUUAUUCACAGUUAAACGGUAUAGUCCAUGUCUUUUGCUGUGUUGAUUUGUGGACAGACUCACUUUAUACAAAGAUGACAUUUGCCCGAAAGAUAAUUUGAUAUAAAAAAAUCUGAAAAGGAUACCAAGUAGUACUGAAGUGAUUGUAAGGGAGUUCAGACAAACGUUAAAUUGCAUAUGGCAAUGUUUAUUAAUGUACACUACUUUUGUCAUUUUCUAAAGAGGUGAGGAUGACGGGCAAAUGUGGCUAACUGUUCUCAGUUUAAAAUGGAAAACCUGAAAUUGAGUGUACUGUACAAUUUAGCAAUUUUUUACUCCAAGUACCCUUUUUUUUGUCAUUGUUGGUAUUGUAUCAGUGGGAGGGGAUGAACUGGGGAAUUUGUUUGUAAAACAGUGGGAUGAGUAUAUGUAUCAAUGUGAUAUUUUUCUCCUUUCUCCUCCGCCCCGUUUACUUGCUCCCCCAUUGCCACAUUUUUGCCUCAUUUUUGUAACUAAAUCAUGUACACAUAGUUUAGGUCCUGUCUAAUGUGCUUCUCUUUUUUUUUUACUGUAAAACUAAAACAUGUAAAAUUAUUACUAAAUUACUAUCCUUUUUUUCCCUAAAAGUGAGUUGUUGAAAACCUUAAAAUAAAAUCUGAAAUGUUA